AUGGCGGCGACGUACAUGAGCCUCGCGAUUGGGUACCGCGAGCACCAAACCCUCUCCCGCCGCGUGCUGCGAGAUGGGGAAGGGGCGAGGAUCGUGGAAAGAGAGGGCGAGGGGCCUUCUCUCGCCAUGUCGCGCGAGGCGGAGAUGGCGGUGGAUCGCACGUUUUUCUUCCCCGUAGAGGAUCAAGAAGGUGGGGAAGGGGAAGCGGAAGCGGAAGGGGAAGGCAAAGGGGAGAGGGUGUUGCCGUUUUUGAAACCCCGCCCACAGCCUGGGGAAGGGGAUCCGAGUGGGAUUUCCACCCGGGCGGCGAAGGAGACCGCGGCCGGGGUGGAUUUUAUUCGCAGCAUCGGUGGCGCGGAGGGGGCGGCGUGGUAUCGAUCGGAGGUGCGAAAUCUCACCCGUCGGGCGCGGAUUUUACCGCCGGAGUUGUGGUCUACCGGGGAGUUUCGCGAUAUUUUCUAUGGCUACCAUGUCACCCCGGAAGGGGAGAUGCAAAAGGAGUGCGUGCGUCGCCAGGAGGCUGGCCGCGCGAUGCUCCAUUCCUCCGUGAUGUUUGAUCAUUUUACCUUUCCUCGAACACCGGAGGACGUGCGGUUUGGAAAGCGGGUGUAUGUAUGGUUAUAA